ACACUCCUCUAACGACUUCACGUUUCUUCGGUUUCCUGCUUCAUGAGGUUUGAACCAGGCCCGAGCUGGAGGGUAAAAGUCUGGCACAUUGAUGGCGGCCUGUGUGUUGUAUCGGCGGCUGCCCAGGCUGCGCUACCUCCCAGGCUGGAGAGACGGUUUUGCCCAGGCUCAGCACACGCACGUCAAACUGCAAAAUGAGACUGAUGAUCAGGAGGAAAAGGAGGGCGUCUUGCAACACCAGGAAGCCUCUGUCCUAGGAGGGUACAAGCUGUAUUACAACCCGUCCUCAUAUCAUCGCUCUGUGUGGAACUCCUGCAGCCAAGCAGUUGAUGAUGAAGAUGAACAGUGUCUCUCCACUCAUGCUCCUUCCUUCUGGCAACAGAGUAAUCGCUACAGUGUGAGAUGCUCACGGUUUCUCUCUAGCUCAAAACAUACGCUUCUUGACUUAGGGCUCAACAAAAGCCCUGAGCCCCAGAUCUCGUCAGGGUCACUCCACCACAGACAACCUGCACCGACAGAUUUUAAAGUAAUCACACGGGCUUUCCUCAAAUGCCGGCCAGAGUAUGCUUCAAUGUCCCUUGACCUCACCCAGAGGCCUCACCCAAUCAAUUGGACGGAGGGCUUCUCGCUGCUCCGUAAGGUGAAUGUUUUAAAGGGCAGCAUGAAACCAUCGGAUGUGUGUCAGUUUCUCGUGGGGCUCAGCCGGUUGCACCCAGACAACAUACCAACAGUGAGGGCGGACCAGCGCUUUGUCGUACUCCUCCGAUAUUCUGUGGAAAACCUUGGCCUUUUUACUCAUCCUCAGCUGCUGGAGGUGCUGCAGGCGUUUGUAUGGCUGGACAUUCCCUCCACUCACACUAUACUCGAACUUUAUGAGGCUGAGCUCAGCCGACGGGCCAGCCAGAUGAGCUUACAUCAGUUGCUGUUAGCCGCUGACAUGUGGCGCUGUAUUGGGAAGCAGGUGCCCCAGUUCUUGCAGCACCUCUAUGACUCAGUUUAUCUGUCUCUGGGACAGGUGGGGGUCCCUGAGCUGGUCCACCUGCUGUAUAUAAUGGGAGAAGGAAGGCAGUGCCCAAAGAAGUUGAUCCAUCCUUUACAGCAGCUUGUCUUGCGUCAUUUACAACAACUGCACCCUGAGGAGGUUGGCACUGUAUGCUUGGGGUUUUUUAAAGCCCAAACUUCAAUUUCUGAGAGUGCAGUGACUCGCAUUGUGGAUAAAGCACUCUCUUUUGUACCGGAGAUGAGUGACUUUGCCAUUGUGAAUGUGCUGAAAUUCAUGCGUUUCAGUUACUUGUUUCACAGGCCGUGGCUGGAGGCCAUGGCACAGGAAAUUCCUCAACGGGCCCACAGAAUGAAGCUCGAAGGGGUGAUGCAUGUCGCACUUACCUGUUCAGCGAUGCAUUACAGAAAUGAUGACAUCCUUAGUGCUAUCGCUGAGAGAGUUCCCUCACUUGUGUCACACUGCAGGUCGAAAGACUCAGGCAAACUCCUGUGGGCUUACGGCACAGUAGGUUUUCUCCCAGCGCAGAACCCAAGCUUCUAUUCGGGCCUUACAGAAGUCCUGAGGCAACAGAAGAGUGAAUUCCUCCGAUACCCAGAGCAUCUGCUUACUGGUCUCCUCGGCUUGGCCUUUGUCUCUCAGUUCCCAGAGGACCUAAUUGCAUUCGCCCUGAGCCCUGACUUUGUUAACUUAGCACUGAAAAAGAAAGACCUGGAGCUCAAAAAAGACUUGUUCACUUUAGAUGGAACUGUCGCUCUGGAGUUGCCUCACUGGACUGGCCCACGCUUAAGCAACGAACUUAGGGAGGAGGUAACAGACAUGUUGUGGAAGUUCGUUCAAUCAGAUGUGUGCCAGAAACCAGAGGUUCAGGAGGCAGAAUCUGCCCUGCAAGAUCUGCUUGGAGGAGAAAAAUUUGUUUGUAAGAGAAUGAUCCUGCCCCACAAUCGCUCCAUCGACCUGGAGGUACAUCUAGACUCCACUGGAGAACCUAUACCUGUGAACCCAGUAUCUUCAGAACAGAGUUUGCCCACAUCUCCUCCUCCUCAGGGUUGGGGCAAGUUAUACACAGGUGUAACUAUAACUGAUGAACUUCUUGCUCAACUAAUAACUACCAAAAACAUCACAGAUCCUUCAUCUCCAUCUUCUAGAGUGAAACCUACAGCUGUUCACAGACUACAGCCCGAUGAAGGUGGAAGAGUGUUUGAGUCAGUGCUGGACCUGACCGGUGGCAGAACACAAACUCGUAACAAACCCAGCAGCUUCGGCUCAGCUCGCCAGAAAUCCAAAGGCACAGUCAAACUUGCGGUCCAGGUCAUGAACAGGAACCACUACUGUUCCCAGUCAGACCAGUUGUUGGGAUUUCAUGCCAUGAAGAGAAGACAGUUGCAGAUGGUGGGCUACAGGGUUGUGGAGCUGUGCCAUCAUGAGUGGAUUCCCUUGGUGAGGAAAUGCAGGACUCAUAAGCUUGCAUACCUGCACUGCAAACUCUUUGACAAACUUUAAUGAUCUGUUGAUUCGCAGACAUUCAAGAGCUAAUAAGAAUUACUGAAAGCUUUGACUGCAAAAUAUGUAGGAACUUUGGCUUCUGGGAAUUUUUAGUUUGCAACGAGUUUCUACAAAGCAAAGAAAAAAGACUUUGAGGCAGAUAUCGUCAUCGCCCUUCACCACUGAAUAUUUGUUCUUGUUUAAUUUAAAAUAUAUUUUCUGAAGUUUUUUUUUUUUUAAUUGGGUUUUCAAAUGUGCAUUUCAAGACUGUGGAAAUCAUGCAAAAUAAAAAUGAUGAAACUCUUUA